UGACCGUUGACGGUUGGUUUUGAAAGAUGUAUCAUGAAUAGAUUAAUUUAAUUUAAAAUGCACUAGUUAGAUUUAUAUAAUAAUAUCUUUUAUAUUUUUAUUGUGCUAUCACUGACUGCCUUCGGAUUGUGCGCGUUGUUUUAACAUAAAAGAUGGAUUUUGUGAAUGUUGCAAUCAGAAUCAAGCCAUGCCAAAACACAAAUGGCAAAUCAAUUGAACUUGUAUCUACUGACCCGCCAGUAAUUGUGGUUCCAGAGCGCCAAAUAUCAUUUUCAUUUGACCACAUCUUCCCAGAACACAGCACACAAGAAAAUGUAUACAAUGAAAUGCUGCAGCCUUUAGUAAGAAACAUAAUCAAUGGAUACAAUUCAACAAUAUUUGCCUAUGGGCAGACAGGCACGGGCAAAACAUACACCAUUGGCUCAGACCACUCUGACUUUAAUGCAAGUGAUGCUGGAUUGAUAACCAAUGCAUUGAAUGAUAUUCUGUCUUGGAAUGGAGAGCAAAUCAUUACAACAUUCAUUUCAUUUGUGGAAAUAUACAAUGAGAAGGUGUAUGAUUUAUUGGGCAACAACAAAUCUGCACUGCAAAUUAAAGGAUUCAAUGUACAUGGAGUAAAGAAACAGAAGGUUUGUACUCCACUGGAUGCACAGCUUUUGUUAAUUGAAGGUGGCAAGAAUAGGCACACAGGGGAAACUAAACAAAAUUCAAAGAGUUCAAGAUCACAUGCUAUUUUUACAAUUUAUUGCCAUGUUAAACAUUUUGGAAAGGAAACAGAAGCAAAAUUAAAUCUAGUUGAUCUAGCUGGAUCUGAGAGUGUGAAAAAGACUGGAAAUGAAGGAAGUCAGCUUCAUGAAGGAAUAAAUAUUAAUAAAGGCUUGUUGUGGAUUGGGAAGGUAAUAAAUGCACUCUCAAAUAAUCACGCACAUGUCCCCUACAGAGAAUCAACGAUAACAACUAUUUUACAAGAUUCGUUAAACAAGAAGAAUUACGUAACAUUGGUGGCUUGUAUUGGAACAAACAUUGAAGAUUUGACUGAAACAGUACAAACCCUGGACUUCGCACAGAGAGCAAAACGAGUUAGAAAUAAACCGGAGGUUAAUAAUAUAGUAGACGAAUACACAAAAUCAUCCAAUCCUCAUAUAGCAGUUAGAAACACGCCGUAUAAAUUAACUGCAAGCACCCCGAACAAAUUUACAACAUAUCGAACGCCUUUAAACUCGCACUCUUACAAUACCCAUCGGAAACGACCGCUCUCAAAAUUCAAUUCUGUAUCAAGUUUAUCCACUGCUGAAGCUAGUCUUCCAUCAUAUUCGUCAAUGUCAAUAUUGCCUGAAGUACCGAAUACUCUCUCGCCGAUUGUAAAGAAAUGCAUGGAUGCUGUUGGUGAAACUCUCUUGAAGCGCGUUACGAAUAUCGUCACUGAUAUUAUCACACCAAUGGCGGGUCGUGUAAAUUCACCACGUAUUUCACGACGUUCCCUAGAGCGCGAAGUCACAAAAAUUGUGCGCAACAAUAUAUUACUCGCAAGUGAAUUCCAGACAUUUCGAAAUGAAAUUAAUAGCAACCGAGAUACAAGCGCGUGUUGCAUUGAUGACGAUGAUACAACUCCGGAAAAAAAUCAAGCGGCUUAUGGAUAUUUGGCUGAGUCGUUUGACGCCGGUGAUACGGGUCGUGCGAGCUUUAUAAUAUCUGGUAAUAAAACACCAGGCUUUAAAAAACCUUUCACGCCGAUGAAACGCGUAAAGAGGGCGAAAAAGUCAAUUGCUGCAUCAUCGCCGAUAUUUAAAAGCCCAUCACCGAUGAAGAAUAGGCGGCGAUCUGUGCGAAUAAGUCAAAGACAAUCAAUGGCUGUGGCAGCACAACUUGGAAAUUCUCUAAACUUUGCUUUGUCACCUAAAGUGAAACUGAGAAAAAGCACAAGAGCCCGCAAGAUUAAAAUACAUUUCAAACCUAAAAUAAGUCCAAAGAAACCUAGAAAAUUGAAUGGCACGAAGAGGGAAUCAAUCGAAAGUUCAACCGCAAUCGACAAUCAUACAAAACACGUCUUAAAAGUUCUGAACAGUGGAAAUAUUAAAGAGAUCAUGACCUUGAAUACAAUUGGAGAAAAAUACGCGGGUAUGAUUUGCCAAUUCAGACAAAUGAGAGGUCGAUUUACGGAGAUAUCCGAUCUCCAGGAAAUGCCAUGGAGAGGCAAAGGCUACGAUACGUUCCUGAAGGCAAAUUUUUUGAAUCUCAACACACCAUAAUCUUACUACGCAUUUUAUGAUGAAGAAACGUGAAAAUAUUUGAAAUUUUAUACCCCUUUGUAUAUUUUUUCGCCAGAAUAGAUUUAACAAUUAAAUUAAUUAGCAUGUAA